AUGUCAGAUACGACGUCAUUUUACGAUAUUGGCGGAUAUCGUGAAAAUGUUCGACGUUAUAAGGAUGGUAUUGAACAACUUAUUGAUAUUCAAACAAUGAUUAAGGAAAGAAUGGAUAUUGAAACAAAUUACAGUAAAUGCUUACAAAUUUACUACGAUAAAUGGUCUGAUCAUGUUGGUGGUUUAGCAAAAUCAGCGAUACAAGCAGUUUGGAAUGAUGUCCUGGAGGAAAGCAUGGAAUUACAACGAUUGCAUGCAAAUGUUCGAGAUCGGAUAUGUGAUGAAAUUCUGAAGACAGUUACACUUUAUCUGAAAGAAAAUCAUCAUCCAUCGGCAUUUCGGGCAUCGAAAGAAACACGUGAAGUUGAAGAUGAUUUUGAGAGAGCACAGCGAUCUUGGCGACGACAGUUCGAAAAAGUUGAAAAAGCCAAGAAGGCGUAUCAUACAGCUGCACGAGCAGAACGUUCAGCCCAAAUACAGAUGAAGAAUGCAUGUGGCGAUGCAGCACUCUCACCGGAUAUGCAAUCAAGAUAUCAUGAUCGUUAUCAGAAAUGUCAAGAUGAGCUAGCGAAAUCUGAAAAAGUUUACCGUUCUACACUGGAUGAUUUGUACCUCUUGAAGAAGAACUAUGUGUCACACAUGAAUGAUGUUUUUGAAGCUUGUCAAAUGAAGGAACUGAAACGUUUAAAAUUUACUUUCGAGAUGCUUUCCAAUCUACAAAAAGUGUGCUGUGAUUUAGCAUCUGCCACGAAGCUAAAUCACUUACAUCGUAAUUUGGAGAAGAAGCUUGGCACAGAUAAUACCCGUUUCAGUGAAGACUUGGAAAAUUGGUCGAAAAAGUAUGGUCCUGAAUGUGAGACUAAAUGGCCAGUUUUUGAACCGUUUAUACCGUCAUUGAGCUCAAUUACAUCCCGGAAAAAGAAAAAGGAUGGCGAAGUUGUUCUUAUGAAACAAACAUUCAAAGAUGAUGAUGGUUAUGGCAAUUCAAUUUAUUCAACUCCGAAUUCAGUCUCCCAAAAUAAUCAAUUAAUGGCGCCAAGUUAUAUACCUCCUAAAGCAUCGAUUCCUGACGUUGGAGAAGCCUCUGUGGAUCAUGCUAAUGGAAUAUUGUCGAAAAAUAAAACUGAAUCAACUAUUACACCAAACUGCAAGGAACCGUCUUCAUCAGUCUUGAUACAAUCACAUAGUAAUCAGUCCUCAUUGAUUGUUAUUGAUAUGGAUAAUGCGGGCAGUAAUCCUGGUGAAUCCUUACCUGCCGAAGAUGUUAAACCUUAUACAGCAAAAGUACUUCAUGAUUAUGUUGCUCAGGAUGAUGAUGAAUUAUCUCUUAAGAAAGGUGAAAAAAUUACAGUGCUUAGUGGUCCGGAUCAUUUGAACUGGAGUUUGGGAAUGAAGGAUGAACGAACCGGUUUCUUUCCAGCUUCAUUUGUGCAAAAACUAUAA